AAUGUAUUGCGUUUGUUUUAGGUCAGAAGAUGUGCCCAAGAGUGUCUGGAGAAGAUACUCGGCUCUCUGCAAUCAUCUACUGUUAUCAAGGAGGCAAGUAAUACAGUGUACGCCUCAUUCAAAGAGUAUAAACCUGUUCUAGCCGAAUUAAGCUCUUCAAGGAUCGAUGAAGGUUCUAAGGUUGAUUUGUCAUUGAAAACCCAAAACGCAGAGGCUGUCUAUGUGUUAAAUGUGCUCGGUGUUGCAAUUCCAUUUAUCUCUUCCAAACUUAGGUCAAGAGCUUUUUCAGAACUAUGCAAUCUUAUGGCUUCUCAGUUUUCACUGCUAACGAGGCAAAUCCUCAAAGCCAUGGAGGUUUUCUUUGCGAAUUCAAGAGAUGAGAUUAGUGUCCCUGAGAUAGAGAGCAUCAUAACUUCACUCACUGGUUAUUUAUCUUCACACGACAAGAAUCCCUCAGACACUGUCGUGCAAGCGACCAUCCUUUUAAGAAGUGCUUUGGAGAAACUCCACUUGGUGGAUUCCAAAUUGUGCCUGAAGAAGCUUCCACUAGUUUUUGGUGAUUUGGCAGGUCUUCUUACUUCGAAUGAUGACACUGCAUCUCAAGCCUUGGAUGUAUUAAAAGACCUGAUCAAUCGCCAUGUAGAUAAAGAUAUUGUUGAGGGAUGUCUGCCAUUUGAAGGUGAAGAAAAUGUUGCAGAUGGCAACAAAAUUGGUGCAACAAAAUCUGUAUGUGCUGUCUUUGAGAGUAUCCUGGAUUCAUGUGAUGCAAUUCCAAAUGAGCGCAUUUUAGAUGUAACAGCUAUUUUGAUCGAUAAACUUGGGGAGCUUUCGUAUGUCCUUAUGAGGAAUAUAGUACUUAAACUCGCCAGCUUGAUGACGAGUGCUACAGGGGAUGCUUGUAGCUUAAAACAUCUUCAGCAUUGCAUUGGGUCUGCAGUGGUUGCAAUGGGGCCAGAGAAAAUAUUAGAACUUCUGCCUAUCUCUAUUUGUGCUGAUAAUCGUUCUUGUACAAAUAGCUGGUUAAUCCCCAUCUUAAAAAGAUAUAUUGUUGGAGCAUCGCUCGGGUAUUAUAUUGAGCAUAUUGUUCCUCUUUCAAAAUCCAUUCUGCAAACUUCUAGGAAAGCUCACAGAAAGAAGUUGCAGGCCUGUUCUCAUGAGCUCAUGGAAUUGUUACCUGCCUUUUGCAACUAUCCUGUUGAUGUAGCCCAAAACUUUGGAUCUUUAGCUAAACUUUUGGUGAAAUUUAUCAAUAAGUACCCUUUCAUGAAUGAAGCCAUUACCCUCUCCUUACAGAGGCUUGUAAAUCAAAACAAAAGUAAGCUUAGGCCCAAGAUAAACCCGGGUGAGGCAAAAACCUGUCCGGGUGAAGAUAAUACAUCAGAGCUUGAAAGUGAAAAUCGUUACUCGAAGAAGACAUCAACUAAAAACAUCAAGGCUUUGGCAUCAUGCUCAGCUGAGUUGCUUCAAUCUCUUGUAGAUAUGUUCACUGGUUUAGGGACAGAGGUCAGUUCUGACUUUAAGGUAAACCAGAAAUCGAACAAGGAAGUGAAGAGGAAAGUGUAUCUGUGUCCGGAGCCCACGUGCGUUCACCACGACCCCUCACGUGCCCUCGGAGACCUCACCGGCAUCAAGAAGCAUUAUUACCGCAAACACGGCGAGAAGAAGUGGAAGUGCGAGAAAUGCUCUAAGCGUUACGCCGUUCAAUCUGAUUGGAAAGCCCACUCCAAGACCUGCGGUACCAAAGAGUAUCGAUGCGACUGCGGCACCAUCUUCUCUAGGUAA